GAGGCUUCUCCGGGAAGACUCGAGUCCACACUCCACAAGCUCGGCAGUUCCGACUUCCGAGUGUCCCACGACCCACGCCCACGCCCACUCGCCCUGUUCUUAGCUCGCCGGUGGAGGGGGAGGGCAGGAGGAGGCGCCACCGGAGGAGAAUGCCGCGGCGGUGAUCGCUCCCGAUCGGAGGGGAAAGGCGCCGCCUUCGGCCGCCGUCGACGGGACGCCGGCGGUAGAGCGGGAUCAGGCCAGGCGAUCGGCGUUAGUGGGGGAUGGGAAGGCGGCGAAGGAGGGGGAGCGGGGUCAGAUGGCUGGGCCACUACUCCUCGGCGCAGAGCAUCCUGGUCGUCGGCGACGGGGACUUCUCCUUCUCGCUGGCGCUCGCCGCCGCGUUCGGCUCCGGGGAGAACAUCGUCGCGACGUCGCUGGGCUCCUAUGAAGCUCUGAUAUGCAAGUAUAGCAAAGCAGAGACAAAUGUAAUGAAGGUGGAGAGAAGGGGGGCCACAGUUCUUCAUCGCAUCAAUGCAAAUAAUAUGUCUGGUCACACUUAUCUGAAGUUUAGACAGUUUGAUCGGAUUGUCUUUAAUUUUCCUCAUGCUGGCUUCAAGGGAAAAGAGGAAGACAUGCGUAUGGUCAACUCGCACAGGAAGCUUGUCAAGGGGUUCUUUGGUAACGCGCGACGCCUGCUUCAGCCUUACGGUGAAAUCCACAUCAGCCACAAGAUGGGAUAUCCUUACGAUGCGUGGGAUCUCAAGCGACUGGCCUCGGAGUCGUUUCUUGAUAUGAUUCGGAUAGUUGGUUUCCACAAACACGACUACCCCGGCUAUAACCAGAAGAAAGGAGAUGGCCCAAGGUGCAACGAGCCAUUUUACCUAGGUGUCUCCUGCACAUUUAAGUUCUGCCUGAUGUACUCCUACUAAGCUCUGCCUAAGAGGCAAAGAAGCUGAAGCUGAAGCUGAAUGUGCAUGUUAUUUCUGCAUUUUUGCCAACAUGAGCAGGGCUAUGUGAGCAAUGCUGCGUCGGCAUUUGGACUGCGACUGAAAUGUAGGUAACUAUUGAAGGUGCUUUAACGAGUUGUGGAAAAUAGUUCUUUUGGGGUGAAUUAGUGGCGGUAUUUUGGUGAAGUUGAUGUGGCACGACUUCUCUUGAUGCGAAAAACACCUUUUGAGUGACAUGGACAUGUAGUGCAUGCUGAUGAGUGAAUGAGGUAUCAUCCCAUAUUCCUAUCACUCAUCACUGUGUGGAUUACUAAUAUGUAUUGUGAAUAGUAUGGAACACAUUGUGGUAAAUUGCAUUGGUUUGUCUA